AUGCACGCCCUUGUUUGGUGGCUGUACAGUGUAAGUACUAGUAUGGAGGACGUACAUAUGUACUCUGUAGAUGACGUUGCUCUCUUUUAUCUCCUGUAUAAAAACUCCUUCACAGUAAGUGUAGUGCAGCCCAGGCUGAAUCAUGCAAGGAUAAGAAGCGAGCACACGGCCUCGCUACACUUACUGCAACCUAUGGACGGCAGAGCUGGCGGAGUUGCUAACUUUGGCAAGCACGUUCCAUUCAAAUCCGUGAAGAGGAAUAUAUCGAACGUUGCAGAUGUGUCAACCAAGCUCCCUGACAGCUGUGACCCGGCUGCCAUUCCUGUCAAGGCUGGUCUACCGUACACAAGCCUACAGACACUGCCUGAAGGUGCUAUCAUUGCUACUUCUUUAGUGCGUCCCUCAGCACAGCUUCGUCGUCUAUUUCCGACUCUGCGGUUUGCCAAUGUACGCGGCAAUGUUGAAAGCUUGACAAUCCCACAGGCUCUAGGGACAGUGGGAUCCUCCACGCGCGGUCGGCCCAGGGCGCGCAGGAGGCGACACCAAGGUUACUCAUCUGCUGGAUCAGCCGAUAGAUUAUUGGCCUUGCCAAGUGUUCUGAUGUGUGCGCUCAGGAGUGGUUGCAAUGCCCCUAUUGGCAUUGAAACAGAGUGGACGGCGACUCAUCUGAGCAUAAGAGCUAUAGUCGUCAGCUUGGACAUUUCUCAGAGUGUCGAAGAUGCCAUCGAUGCGAUGAUGCAUACCAAAGAUGAAUCCGAUGCUCCGGGACAGGCAUUAGCUCGGCUGUUCGGGGCUGGGGUUGCUCCUAUAUUGAUAGAUAUCAAUAGGAACCAGCCAUCUAAGGACUAG